AUGCUGGAACACACAGUAUUCCAGACUAAUCUUUAUGUGACUCAGAAAGGUAAGAAUUACAGACCUCUUGAAAAAGAUGAACUCAAGGUGUUUUUGGCUAUAAUGCAAAUCAAUCAAUCUUGCACAUAUCGUGAUUGCUGGUCAUCACACAACAAACUCAGAGAUCAGUACAUUUCUUCACUUAUGUCAUUGAAAAGAUUCAGCUGGAUUUUAUCUCAUAUACAUGUAAAUGAUAAUUCCCUUAUGCCACAAAAAGGGAAUAAAUGUUACGACAAAUUGUAUAAAAUUCGACCACUAGUAAAUCAAUUACUGACAAGGUUCAAAGAAUGUUAUGCUCUAACUAAGGAGCAAUCUGUUGAUGAAUGCAUGGUGAAAUUCAAAGGGCAAAUAUCAUUCAAACAGUAUAUGCCUCAAAAGCCCAUCAAGAGGGGGUACAAAAUAUGGGUCAGAGCUGACAAAAUGGGAUAUAUCUGCGAUUUUGAGGUAUACACUGGGAAAUCAGAUGGUGCAGUGGAGAAAUGUUUGGGAGAGAGGAUCGUAAGAGAUUUGUGUAAAGGCUUAGAAGGCAAAGGAUGUCACAUAUAUUUUGUCAAUUUUUUUGCUAGUGUUCCACUUUCGCAGACACUAAAACUUUAUGGUAUCCUAGCCUGUGGUACCGUUAGAGCCCACAGAAAAGGACUUCCUCUUCUGAAACCAGACAAAGAGUUGCGAAGAGGAGAAAGUGCCUGGUCAGUUCGUUCUGAUGGGAUUGUGUGCAUGAAAUGGAAAGAUAAACGUGUCACAUUACUAUCAACAAUUGACUCACCUGUAACUUUGAAAGACGUCCUUAGGAAAGAAAAGGAUGGCACAAUUACAAAAAUACCUUGCCCACAGAUAGUGAAAUCUUAUAAUUCGAACGUGGGAUGUGUAGAUAAAGCGGACAUGAUGAAUAGUUUCCAUGCAAUUGACAGAAAAUCUAGAUUCUGCUGGCUCAGACUGUUUUGGCAUAUGAUUGAUAUUUCUAUUGGAAAUGCAUUUAUAUUGUUUCAACUAACCAAGGCGAAUGAAAAGAAAAAGCUAAAGGAAUUUCGGCGGUGUGUUGUAGCUGGCCUUGUAGAAUCCAGUGUUUUCAAAGACAGUCCUGGUCACCCAAGCACAUCAUCUGAACCAUGCGCAAAAUGUGUACAGCUGUUGUUCCAGUGGAAAAACACACAACAGAAUCAAAACAUUUGCCAGUACAUGGCACACCAAGGCGAUGUGUACACUGCAACACAAAAAGUAAUCCACAUAGAAACAGAUGGAUAUGUUCUUCCUGCCAAGUUGCUUUGUAUUUAUCAGCAGAAAGGAACUGUUUUGUACCCUACCACGGGAAAAAAUGAAGUUAAUGGCGGUGGUCUCAUUUGA